AUGAAUAAGAAUAAGCAAAAAUAUUUAGUGAAGAUAGACCAUAAUAUAAAUCUAUUAUCAGCAGUAAAAAAGAAUUUGAUCAAUUACUUAGAAGCGAUAAAGAAUUUACAAUCAACCAUAAAUAAUCCUUAGCUUCCACCCAAUUAAAGAUAAACUCCUCAGAAUGUUGAUAAGAAAAAGACUAAUUUAGAGAAGUCCUUGGAAAUGUUUUUGGCAAAUUAUAAAGAAGUGGAGGACUAAAAAAAUUUCGAAAAGAACUAAUAGAUUAAGGAUGGAUUUGAAGAGGUGAUAAUACAAAAUCAAUAUUUCUAGCUUGAAAAGAAACUUAACACUAAGGAUAUUUAGUAUUUUAAAAGAAUUGAGUCAAGUAUAGGAAUUCUUAUUGAGCCAGGAAUGAUUUCAAUACGCAGACCUAAUUUACCUGGUCAGCCUCUUUCUAAUUAUUAAAUAGUCAUUUUUGUGCGCGAAGCAAAAUUCCAUAUGUAAAAUAACACUUACUAAACUAUAUAUAUUGUAUAAGAUCUUAUUGUUUGCCCAAUCCCUAAGAGAUUACAAAGCUAAUAGUCUAACUAAAGCAUUCUUAGUAAUGAACCAGAAAAAAUUGAAAUCCCAGAUAAAAUCCCUGAAGUAUUCAAAGAAAUAUCUGUGUUUGUUAGAAUAGCUUAGAAAAAAUUAGAUACAAAUGUAUUAUUCGACAUGUUCUUCCCAUAAAUGAAAACUAAUAAAAUUGAUUACUUCUCAAAAGUAUUUUAAUCUUCAACUCUUUGUGACUACUGCAAAAAUUACAUGAAACUUAAAUCCCCUAAAGAAGGAUUUAUUCCUCCUACUAUUCAAUAUAAUAAUAAAUUCUAUCAUACAUAAUGCUUUAAAGAGAAAGAAUUUUAUUGA